AUGAGGAAUCUUGGAAAUCAACUUACAAUAACUGAAUUAAUUGAAAAUACAGUCCCAUACAUUUCAAAGUUUUCCUGGAAAACUAGUGAAGGGAAAAAUUUGAAACUUUUUGCAUGUAAAAAGAAAGGUGAGAAGCUCAUUUUCCCAAAAUUUCAAAUUUUUCCAUUGGAAAAUAACAACAUGAAAAAUCAUGGAAAUCAACUUACAAAAACUGAAAUAAUUGUUAAUACAGUCUCACACAAUCCAAAGUUUUCCUGGAAAACUAAUUGAGGGAAAAUUUUAAAACUUUUUGCAUGUAAAGAGGAAGGUUAGAACCUCAUUUUCCCAAAACUUCAAAUUUUUCCACUGAAAACUAACACAAGAAGAAUCUUUGAAAUCAACCUACAAAAA